UUUGUUUUUAAAAGCCCUGAACUUUUACAAGGAGGUACAUUAUUUUAUGUUGGUAUCGCUGUGACAACCUUCCUUUGGGCUACAGGGAAAGCUAUUGAUAUCCAAACGGAACGACAAGAAAGAUAUGCUGAAAGUCACGUCCAUAGUAUUUAA